CGCCGCUGACAAGCAGCCUGACGCACAGUAACCUCAAACAAUGGAGUUUAGUCUUGGAUGUUUGGUCUUCUUCUGUCUCCCUUUGGUCUGGAUCCAAACGGUACACGCAGGUUGCCCCACAGGCUGGAAGAUGUCGGCCAACAACUGCAUCCUCAUCCGUGAUGUCAGUCUCAGCUGGGCAGCUGCACAAAGAAAUUGUAAAAACGACAACUCCGACCUUGCAUCUUUUUCAGAUCCUGUUGAUGAACUGUUCCUCUUGAAGGCUCUCAGUGCUAACAGUCCACACUGGGUGGGCUAUCAGUCAAGUCCAAGCGACCCUGGAUGGCUAGACGGGACCUCAGAGGCCACCAAUACCCGCUUCACAGCGAGCAGCAUGACAUCUGGCUCUGGCGCUUCUCACCUGUGCGGCAAUGUCUUGCUCAGUGAAAACGAGGCUCAUCCCCUGUUGCUGUGGCGACUGGACGACUGUACCCUCCCACUCCCCUUUCUGUGCAAGAUGGCGCCCGGCCAGGCAGGCGUCCUGCGCGCUAGUCAAGGCACAAGCUCGCAAAGUAGGACAGGUAGUGUGGGUGCUACUCACCACCCGAGCUCGACAAGCGGGGUGGGCGCCAUGGUUACCUAUCCUGCGUCCUCAGAAAGUGAUUUCAAGGAAGGCAACUCUCGAGGUCAGCAUGGCGUGCGCAGGCGUGCAGUGAUUGCAGUCCAUGCCAGCUCACGAGGUCGCUCCCGCAGUGACGCAAGUCUGUCCGAGUAUGACGCGCACACCGACACCAGCCCAUCACCACGUGCACUGCAUGCGCCCAGACACCCCCGCGCUCGCUUAUCAGCAGUUCUGCGACUGCGCAAAGCUGACAGGGUUGUCCGCGAAGCAAAAGCGUCUGUCGGUGAUUUGUGUUGUGAUGAUCUCAAAGCACACGGCUCGUGCUUACCGCCGCACAACCCGCAUUCCACCCGCAUCUGCGACGUCGACAGCUGGCCCUCGCCGGGAGACCUAGCAACCGCAACAUCCCACACUCCUGCGACCACAGCGCCCCACACUCCUGCAGCUACAGCGCCCUCCAGCUCCGAUGUCUUAGUGACGUCAACGUUGUCCUAUUCUGUUGCCAUGGUAACGCAAGGCACUAGCUGGGAGCAGCAGCCCGUGACAACCCUGCAGAGUGCUUCCACCGCGCUGAGACACCAGGCGCCACAGCAGCCACGACGUCACGACAACACCAGAGACACCCACAACGGUUGUGGCCCAGACGACACAAGAACAGUUUCUACCUGCAUUCCUCCAGUGCAAUGGCACCUACUGGUGUCUGGCCAACGUGUUUCUGGACGCAGAUGUCGCCUCUCGCGACUUGCUGACAGCCUCCUUCAUCCACGACGCCAUCUUGCACCCCGACCUCACCAGCCUCGCGCUGUCUCCUCAACCCAGCUGGAAAAACAGCUUACAGUUUUUCUUCUUGAUCGUUAACAACUACCUGGGCAACAGUCAAAACUCCUACUUUCGUUCUGUGAACAUGACUCUGGAACAAAUUCUACACACUGUGGACUCUUUUCUUGUGAAUUCCGUGAACACAAUCGAGCUGAACACCACUGAACACUG